GAGACGGAGAGGUAACAAGCACAGCCACGGUAUGACCAAUGGUAACCGAAGAGAAUCGGAGUUUUCCGUAUUAGCGAGAAAUAACAGUACUACAAAUGGACCUACACUUGUUCUUGAGAAACCACCAUCAUACUCUAACAUGAGUGCCCUGUCCGCAAACGACAAGAACAGUGAGGAGAUCUACUACAACACGGUAUCGGAACCACAUAAGACUGCUAUUGCCGUGGAGGACCUUAGUACAUUCAUGCUAUCUCAUUCAAAGGAGUACUUUAUUGAACAGUUCAAG